AUUUAAAGAGCAUAUCUGAGUGAGUUUUGGCAUGCCCUCUCAGCUACUUGAUGUCUUCAAACUGGUGAUACUUACCUAAUUAUACACACACUUACAUGCACUCACUCGCAUGCAUGGAGGGUUAUUCGCAUACAGUCUCUUCCCACCCUCUAUCUCACGCCCCCAUCAAACUAACCCUCCUAUCCGACUGCCUGCUAUCCACUUGCAAAGUACUGCUGUUGACACACAGGAAUCCAGACCCACCCACGUACACGCACACACUCACUCAUGCUCUUUCUCCCUCCUUGGCAGGAAGGACUCUCCUAUGAACCAGACGACAACUUGCGCCUCUCUCCUUUUUCUCUGCUGGCAGGUGUUAGAAAUAAAACCAUAAAUAAGUGCUAGAGGGAGCAAAGACAGCAGGGAAGAGAGAGAAGGAAAUAUGUCUGGCUUCAUUUUUUUUUGCUGGAGAGAGGGGGAAAUAUGAUGGAAAAGGAAUGAUGAGGAGUAAUCUGUAUUUUUGAGUAGCUAGAGCAGUUAUUAGGGUUUUAUUACUGUCAACUGUAUUUUUGUGUGUGAAGGGGAUUGAUAAGAACACUUGGAUCAUCUUGGCUCAAGCUGCAACGUUGUGAGUUGGAGAGAAAUUAAGCGGAAACAAAGUAACCGAGAGGAAAACAAGGCAUUCAUGGACACUAUACCACCUCAGCCACAAUCCUGAAUGAGUUGGAUUCGCACACUGGAGUUGGACCCCAUCCAGCCCACAGUACACUAAUACAAAUGAGCAGUACCCAUGUGCUUUCUGAGCUAUGCUUCCCGGCUAUGGAUUCUCUCCUCUCCUUGAUGUCCAGCCUCACCUCCAAGCAUUCCAUUGCAGAGGCGAGAGCUCUGACAUGUGGUUCCCAGGCUCAGUGGAGACACAGGGUCUGAGUGACUCUAGGGAAGGUAGGCCUCUCCUGCGACAGCAUCAACACAUUGCUGUGUGUCAGCAAGAGACGUUGGCCUUCAUUGACCUUCAACAGCCGAGCGUUAAUGGUUUCCAAUCACAGACACUGGAAAACUGUACUUCCUCUCUUUGCUCCAAGCCUGUUAGAUGCAAUGGAAAUGGUUCAACUGAUUUUGUCGAGACUGGGAGUACAGACACAACACUAGACAAUUAUUUGACCCAGGAUACCAAUAAUGUGGAAGGGGUUCAGGAUCAGAUGUGGACACCCAUUACUGCCAAACCUGAACCAGGAGUUGAGGGUCUCAGUUCUCUAGAUUUGUCUCUGCCUCUAUCCCCUACAUAUGAACCUGAGAACAGGAACUUUUUGGAGCCUCAGCAGCUGAGCUCCCCCCCUUCCUCCUCAGAUUUCCAGAGUCGGGAUCCGUGUCGCCUUCAAAGACGAACCUCUUUGGGAUCCAUAAAGGAGAAGUCCAUAAGGCGCAAGAUGAGGGUGUACUCUCCAGACACUCUGAGUGAUCGGUCUAUCAACAGCCCAGGUGUGGAGUGUGAUUACCUGCUUCCAACAUCCUUCGAAUCAUUCGUAGAAGGAGGCCUUGGCAUGGUGGGUUCUACCAUACCCACAUCUCAUAGUUCCAGCUCUCUCCCAGGGGUAGAUGAGGACCUCUCUCUUAUCUUACCAAUGCCGCCAAAACCUUUCUUAGACCGCCCUCAGGAGGAUGCCAGAUUGGAGGGGGACACAAAUGAUGGGGGGAGGCAGAGGUUGGGCCUGGAGGACCGUGGGUCUCUGGAAGGCCCUGCCCUUAACAGUGGGACCUCACUGUCUCUGUCCCGUUCUCGUUCAGCAGAUGAGCGCCGGCGCUUCUCUGCCUCUGAGCUCAUCUCUCGUCUACAACUCUCCCAGAGGAAAAACUCUUUUACCCUUAAGCUGGGCAAGUCUCUUUCUGCUCGUGUGGCCUCCCGGGAACGCCACCUGUCUGGAAACCUCAGCUCAGACUACAAACCCAACUCCAGACAUCACUUCUCAGGGGGAUCAGGUGACAGUGCACCACAUAGUCCAGUGGGGUCUGCGCCACCUCUGCCCUCUCCUGACUGUAAUCUGCCACAGCAAAGGAGGAUUUCCAAGCAAAGUAUGAGAGAGGUUUCCAUUGAUGAGGAUGGAGACAGUCCUCCCAGUAGCUCUAAACGCUUAUCACGCUUCUUGCCGAACUUGAUUUUGUAUCAGGAAUACAGUGACGUUGCUAUUAACAGAGAGAUACAGAGGCAGCAGGGGGCGGAGCCAGGAACCGACGAAGAAAGAGGAGACUCUGUGUCCUCUGGCAACCUUUCCCCAUCCAGUUCAUUCCGCUCAUCUCGAGGCUCCGCCUUUUCCCUUUGGCAGGAUAUUCCUGAUGUUCGGUCCAGUGGACAACUUGACAACUUCAGCAAUGAAGAGCGUAAACUGCAGGAGGCCAAGUUUGAGUUGGUGACGUCGGAGGCCUCAUACAUACGCAGCUUGUCUAUUGUAGUUGACCACUUUAUGAUGUCUCCUGAGCUGUCUGAGUGUCUUGGGACACAGGAAAAGCAGUGGCUUUUCUCAAAACUGCCUGAUGUCAAAGAAGUCAGUGAGAGAUUUCUUCAAGAUUUGGAACAUAGAUUAGAAGAGGACAUUCUGCGUUUUGAUGUGUGUGACAUUGUCCUGGACCACUGUCCUGCACUGCGGCGGGUUUAUCUGCCUUAUGUCACCAAUCAAGCAUAUCAGGAACAGACCUAUCAGCGGCUACUGCAAGAGAAUCCCCGUUUCCCGGGAAUCCUUGCCCGUCUGGAAGAGGACCCAGUGUGCCAGAGGCUGCCUCUUACAUCAUUCCUUAUCCUUCCUUUUCAAAGGAUCACACGCCUCAAAAUGCUUGUGGAGAAUAUCCUAAAGAGAACAACGCCUGGAUCACGAGAUGAGGACACUGCCACCAAAGCACUUAAUGAGCUUAAAAAGAUUAUAAAGGAAUGUAACUCUAGUGUGCAGAGCAUGAAGAGGAUGGAAGAACUAAUUCAUCUAAACAAGAAAAUUCACUUUGAGGGCAAGAUUUUUCCUCUAAUCUCUCAGUCUCGCUGGCUGGUCAAACAUGGUGAACUGCUGGAAGUGGACACACAGAACUUGAGUAUUUCUGGGUCUAAGUUUAAAGUUUCCACUCGGCCUGUGUACCUUCACCUGUUUAAUGACUGUCUUCUGUUGUCCAGAAGGAAGGACACAUGGAAGUUCAUGGUGUUUGUACAUGCAAGGAUUGAAGACCUCAAGGUGAAAGAUCUAAGCCAGAAGCUUCAGGGAAUCCCAGGCUUCAUCUUCUAUCUGCAGUUAUGUGAGGGACAACAGCUAAAACACCAGAUUCUGCUCAAGUCGCCCACAGAGAGCAGCAAACAGAGGUGGAUAACUGCUAUGUUUCCCUCCGAUCUAAAGACAGCUAUUGAGCAGACCAAUGAAAAUGAUGAUCUAUCUCAAGUCCAGUGCAUAAAGAGCUACCAGUCUCAGGAGCAUGAUGAGUUAACGCUGGAGAAGGCAGACAUCCUUCAAGCUGUAACGAUUACAAGUGAUGGGUGGGUAGAGGGGAUCCGGUUGUCGGAUGGAGAGAGGGGCUGGUUCCCCAAAACUUACGUGGAGGAGAUCACAAGCCUCAGUGCUCGUUUGCGAAACCUCCGUGAAAACAUUCGCAUUAAAUGUGUCUCACAAAAAUUAGAGGGAGAGACUCUCUGAGACCUUGAAGUAUGGGACAUUGUUUUACCUAAAGCUUGUUGUAUCAUCUGGUUUCCCAAACCAGAAUAAAUUUCUGUGAAUAUUCCAGAUUUCCAUGGCUAACAUUUUAGCUUUAGUAAGGUAUGCUGUAAAAAUCUAAAAUUUAUUGCUGAUAGGAUAAAUAAAACUAUGCAACGCAUCCAUGGAGGACUUAAAGUGACGCAUAAAACACAUCUAAUUAAUUUAUUAAAUUGAAAAUAAAAAUGCAUAUAAAUCACUUUGCAAAGUUUUACAAAUAUAUUUAAAAAAUGUAAUUCAUUAUUACAAUAAUGUUUGAAUAUUAAGAUAAAAUUAUAUAAUGAUGCAUUUAAAUUUUACAAAUGAAUUUUGAUUAUUGUUUCCUUGACAAUGGAAAAAUGGUUUCAUACCCAGCCAUUCAAAAGUUUGGGAUCAGUAAGAUUUGUAAUGUAUUUUUUAAAGAAGACUAUUCUGCUUAUCAAGGCUGCAUUUAUUAGAUCAGAAAUACAGAAAAAAAACAGUAAUAUUGUGAAAUAAUAUUGCAAUUUAAAAUUAUGGUUUUCUAUUUUAAUAUACUUUAAAAUAUAAUUUAUUCUUGUGAUGCUAAGCUGAAUGUUCAUCAGCGUCAUUACUCCAGUCUUCAGUGUCACAUGAUCCUUCAGAAAUCAUGCUUAAUGUGUGUUUUUCGUUUUUUGGAACCUGUGAUAUUUUUUUUUCAGGAUUCUUUGAAUGAAAGGUUAAAAGGAACCGUAUUUAUUCAAAAUAUAAAUCUUUUGUUAUAAUAUACACUAUCAUUCAAAAGUUUUCAAAGGUUUUUUUUUUUCUUUCUUUUUGAAAUAAAUUAAUGCUUUUAUUCAACAAGGAUGUGUUAAAUUGAU